GUUACGUCGCGUUGUAUGAAUGAUUCUUAAAAGGAUUGAAGCAUAUUAUUUUCGUUAUUUCACGGCAGUACUUACCGAGAAUAAAGUACUAAAAUUGCAGAGCAAUUAUCGAAGAAGAAUAAAAUUAUAGACAGAUGGAACCAGAAUCAAGACGCAAAGGACCAAGGAGUCCUAGUGCAGACUCAGAAGAUUCAUCUCACAGAAGAAGAUCAAGAAAAUAUGAUCGUUCUCCGUCUCCAAGAAGAAGUAGAUAUCGUAGAUCUCGUUCCAGAGAUAGAAGAUCACGUUCCAGUUCUAGAGAUAGAAGAAGGAAAGAUUCUAGCCGUUCACAGCAAGAAUGGAAGCAGCAAGCUGCAUCUCAAUCUCAAGCUUCUACUCCUAAUCCAGCUAAUCCUGGUGGCUAUGUACCAGCAGUUCAUAAUCAAUAUCAGGCACCUCCACCUCCCAACACCAGUCAACCACCACCACCUUUACCAGCUUACAAUCAAGGGUACAAUAAUUACAACUACAACUAUGGACAAGGCUAUGACUACAGUUAUCAACAACCCACUGGUUAUCGCAGUGAUUAUCCACCACCAAAUUGGCAAGGGAAUCAGGUACCUUAUAACAAUCAGCAACCACCACCUCCUCCCACAUUAACAUCUCAACAGGAAUCAUCAAGACCAGUGGAUAGUGGUUCCUCUGGAUUAGUAUCAUCCUUGGCACGACCAGAAGAUGCCAAGAAGGAAGCAGCAAUUGCAGCUGAAGUAAAGCAGCAAAAAGCAACCUUGGCUAAACAACGCGAAGAAUACGUUAAGAAAUCUGCUACAUUGCAACGCGAAUUGGAGAUUCUACGACAGCAGUGCGAUGAGAUUGGUAAAGAAGGUGGACGAGAAAAUAAUCGUAUUAUAAAAGAAAAUCAAAAGUUGCAGAUCGAGAUACAAAAUAAAAUGAAAUCGAUACAUAACGUAAUCGAUAUGCUUACCGGAAUUAUAGGAGAUAAAGCUACUGUCGAUGAUCUGAAAAGCAAGUUUAAGUUAGAAAUUAGCAAACGUUCAAGAAGUCCUAAAGAAGACUUUCCAAAAGGAAAAUCGGAGUCGCCCGACAGAUCAUCGGCAUCCGACUCCGACAAGGAAUCCAAAGUUGAAAGAGAUACGAAAGAAAGAAGGUCUCCUGAAGAUUCUAAACCUAUGUACAAUUUCGUACAUUAUGAUCCAGAAAUGCAUUGGUGUAAAGUCUGCGAUAUAUUUCCUAAAACGGCAAAGGAAUAUUUGAAUCAUCUGCAUAGCAAUGAACACAAAGAAGCUUGCUUAGAACGCAAGAUAGUUGAUAUGCCGUGGCAUGAGCGGAAUGGAGAGGGAACGGAAAAGGAAGUGCCCUAUUAUCCUGGACUGCCAACGAAAAGAACACCUAUUAAAGGUUUACAGUUCUUCAGCGCUGCGACGGCAUGGUACUGUAAGCUUUGCGAUUCCUGGAUUGGCGAUCUUCAUUGUGCAAGUUUGCACCUAAAAUCUAAACAGCAUUCAGAGAAUUAUUCCCAUUUUGUCGAACAAAACCCACAUUGGGAAACUGAUUGGAUGGCGGAUCGUGAAAAGGCGUUCUCAGAGGAAAAGCAUAAGCAGAUACAGAUGGAAUUGCAAAAACAUAAAGACGAUGAUCCACCACCAAAGUCGAAAAAAUCAAAGAAGAGCAAGAAGAAAUCGAAAAAAUCUAAGAAACGAAGAAGGAGUAGUGGUAGUGAUAGUUCCAGCGAAUCAGAAAAUUCAGAUACAGAUUCUGAUCAGGACAUGUCCAAGAGUAUUCGCGUCGCUAUGCGAAAUAAAAUGAAAGCAUCGACGCAAGCGAUACUAAAUGAAGAAAUAGAUUAUCACCGAAUAAAGUUAAAAGGACAUUGGUCAAAAAUGGCGCAGCAUUUGAAUCAACCACCAACUCCAGAGCCUCAACCAGUGGAAACUGAUGACAGACAAUUGUUAAAUUCGAUCAGAGACAAAUUAAAAGCGAAACAAGAAGAGGAGAUGAAAUCUAUUAGCAAUCGAAGAUUAAGUCAAGAGAAAGAGAUCGAAGAAGAAGAAGAAGAACAAGAUCAGACUUCUUUCUUGAAUAAAUCAAAACCGGAAAAUUUAGAGGCCUGGGGACCGAAAGAACCUCCGAAACCUUUCUGGAUAAAAAAGGAAGAGGAAAAACCGCAACCCAUAGCUAAUAAACCAAUUGAACUACCAAAACCGGAAGAAAUGCCUAAACCACAUAUGGGAUUUUGGACGAAACAGCAAGUCAACAUGACUGUCAAACCACCUGAAAAUAAAUCAGCGGAUAAAGAGGAUGAAAGAGAACGGGAUAGCGAUAGAUACAAAGAUGAUCGUGACAGAAAAUAUGAUAGACGGGAAGACAAAUAUGAUCGUUAUAGUAGAUACGACAGAAGACGCGCACGAGACAGAGAUCGAGAUCGUGAUAGGGAUAGGGAUAGGGAUAGGGAUAGAGAUAGAGAUCGUGACAGGGAUAGGGAUAGAGAUCGAGAUAGAGAUUAUUAUGAUGAUCGAAGGAAACGAGAUAGCAAUGAUUCUCCGCGACGCGAAAGAAGUUGGCGUGAUAGCCCAAAAAGGAAUUACGACAAAUACAGUAAAGACAGAAGAGAGGAUAAUUCAUCUAAUGAUGAAUCUAAGUUCGAAAAGAAAACGAAUGAGUCUGCAUCUAAAUCUAAAAAAGGUGGUGUACAGACUAAAAAGUCGACGCCCCAGGUAUCGAAAGGUAAAUUACCUUUCAUCGGUAGAUUACCGCUGUUUAAAAAGAAAGCUGAAGAACCAAAGUUGCCUGAGAAAGAUAUUACUCCUCUUCCUUAUCAACAGAGUAAAUUCGAAGAUACACCCAAAGUUCCCAAUGAAAUUAUAAAUCCACCUGGUGUGGUACAUAUCACCAAACUUGCAACUCCAAUAAAUCUGGGUAAUAGCAAUAAUAAUAAUAAUAAUAAUACCACCAGCAGUAACAAUAAUAAUAGUAGCACCACUACUAGCAUAACAAACAACAAUAAUAAUCCUAGUAAUAGUAAUAAUACAAGCAUUGCACCUACUCAAAAUAAAAAUCAACCAAUGAAAAUAUUAGUAGCUCCACCACCGCCAGUGUUAAAUGAAACAAAACCCACACAACAAGUAGUUGAUAUGGAGAUUGAAGAUCAAUCUGAGGAAACAGUAAUAGAGGAACCUAUGAUAGAGCAGCAAAAACAAACACAUAGUAUAUCAAAGUUACCUCUGCCUCCACAUCCUCCGCCUCCUCUGAAUAGACCACCACCAUCCUUUCCAACUUCAUCACAGCAACAGCAGCAACAACAACAGCAGCAGCAGCAACAACAACAACAAACGGUGCAAAGCAGGCCACAAUUCCCUACGAAUCGACCUCCGCCACCAUUUAUUACUAAUCCAUCGCCAUUCGUUCAAGGUCAACCACGGUUUUCUGCUCAUCAGCCAGUACGCCCACCGGUACAAAGUCAUCCUCCUUUUAUGGCAAACCCACCACCUCAAAUGCCUGCUGUUCCUCCUUAUGUUCAAAACCAUCAAAAUCCUCCACCACCUCCACUACCAACUGUGGAGAAUACUACACAAGAUAUUUCUGACAUCCCAGAACCUACUGAAAAACGAACCGAUCCGAGCAUUCCUCUACCUGAUGAUUUACAAGAGGCUCUAAAUAUUAUUUUUCCGAAAGAAGAAACAGAAACAAAACAGCAAAGUCAACAAGAAAGUAACAUUAUGUAUUCAUCCAUGUAUAGUAUGUUAGGAUGUGUUGGGUAUGGGCCAGAAUACAUGGAUCAACCACCACCAGAAAUUACUCAAGCAGAGGCAGAAGUAGAUACUCAACCAGGACCAGAUGACUUGAAAAUGUUAGGCAUUGACGAAGGAGAUACAAUCCUAUAA